CCCAUCCUCCCCCCGCAAGCCUCCCCCACAACACACCACACACACCACACACAAUGAAGGAGAUCCCCGCCGCCGACAAGACGCUCGCCACGAUCGGCGCCAUCCUCUGGUCGAUCCAGGUCGCGCCUCAGAUCUGGAAGAGCCACCGGGACAAGAGCACCGAGGGGUUGAGUCCGAUUCUCAUGUUUGUCUGGGGCAUGGCGACCAUCUUCCAGGGGUCGUACCUCGUCUCGCAGCGGUCGUCGAUUCCAUUGCAGAUCCAGCCCCAGUGCUUCGGCUUCCUGUGCGUGAUCUCGUGGGCCCAGUGCCUGCGGUACGGCUCGAAAUGGUCCCUCAAGCGCGUCUUCCUCGCCAUGGCCCUCUUCUACGCCUUCUUCGUCGGCUUCCAAGUCGGCAGCGUGUAUGCCCUGUGGGCCGGGCAGAGGGCGGGGCGCUACUGGCCCGGGGAGAUGUACGGCUGGAUCACGAGCGCGCUGCUCAUCAUCGGCCUGCUGCCAGAGUACUACGAGAUCUGGAAACACAAGGAGGUCGUCGGCAUCUCGCUGCUCUUCAUGGCCGUCGACAUUGCCGGCGGCGUGUUCUCCGGCGUGUCUCUCUUCUUCCGCGAGGAGUUUGACAAGGUCGCCUUCGUGCAGUACUUCCUCGUCGUGCUGCUUGACGGCGUCAUCAUCGUGCUUGCGUGGAUCCUCAACCCGAUUGCCAAGCGCCGCAGGGCGCGCCAGGCCGAGCUCGAGAAGGGCGCUGCGGACGCCGAGGCGGCUGGUAUCGACGCUGCCGACGAGCCCGCCAGGCCGGAUGGCUCCGAGGCGAGCACUGUCGCUGAGGAGGACGACGACGCCAAGGUCGCUAAGAGCAAGCCCCUAGACGACGGAUACAGCCGGACCCCCACGCUCGCGACAUCACAGGACGUGAACGAGAAGCCAUAG